CAAAAUCAUGAGCCGCUUUUGUCUUCUAAUUUAUUCCUUAGACUGAACUAAAGCAAAAAACAAAAGCAGUUCCAAUUCCUUUCUUGUUCAUAGAGAAACCCCACCUCCCAAUCAAAGAAUCUCUCUUAGAAAAAAGAGAAAGAUGAUCACACUCUCUCCUCUCUCAUUUACGCAUCCACUUCUCCUCUCUCCCAGCACUAAUCCUCAAACCUAUUCAUCCCAUAGUUUUUCUCAGAGACACACAACUUUUGGCUCCACUCUCCGCCCUUGUAUUCGCAGGAGAUGGCCUCUUCCACCGGGGCCGGCCCUUCUACUUCCAGGGCCUCCUCCAGGAGGAUAAGCAGGGCUCCCACGAUGAUGGAUUCCAUACUCGACGACCCGGGCGACAGGGUCCCUUCGUCCCUCGCACCUGUUGUUCCUAUUCUUCGUGUGGCCAAUGAGGUGCAGGAGGAGAACCCUAGGGUAGCCUACCUCUGUCGCUUCCAUGCAUUUGAGAAGGCACAUAAGAUGGAUCCAACAUCAUCUGGACGUGGUGUUCGCCAAUUCAAGACCAUCCUAUUACACAGACUUGAAAGGGAAGAAGAGGAAACGCAUCCUCAGCUUGCAAGAAAUGAUCCAAGAGAAAUACAGAAGUUUUACCAGAACUUUUAUGAGAAAAAUAUCAAAGAAGGCCAAUAUACAAAAAAACCGGAGGAAAUGGCUAAGAUCUAUCAGAUUGCAACAGUAUUGUAUGAUGUGCUGAAAACAGUAGUACCUACUGGGAAAGUUGAAGAAGAGACCGAAAUAUAUGCCAAAGAAGUUGAAAAGAGAAGGAAACAGUAUGAACACUAUAACAUUCUACCCUUUUAUACUCUUGGCGUCCAAUCACCAAUUAUGAAGCUUCCAGAGAUCAAAGCUGCAAUUCGUGCUCUGCGUACUGUGGACAAUCUUCCAAUGCCUAGAAUUCGUUCCACUCCUAGCGCCCCUGAUGACAAUUCAAUAAUGUUGGAGGACAGGGAUCAAUCUUUUACUGAUAUCCUUGAUUGGCUUUCUUCAAUAUUUGGAUUUCAGAAAGGUAAUGUGGCGAAUCAAAGAGAGCACUUAGUAAUGCUACUUGCAAAUAUGGACGUCAGGGAUAAGAACCUCGAGGAAUAUGCCCAGGCUUUGCAGCUAAGUGAACACACUGUGACAGAUUUGAAGAAUAAAAUUUUUGAGAAUUAUCUUUCGUGGUGCAACUAUUUGCAUUGCAAACAUAAUAUCAAGAUUCCACAAGGUGCUGAUAGACAACAGUUAGAGCUUCUUUACAUUGGGCUUUAUCUCCUCAUUUGGGGUGAAGCUUCAAAUGUUCGAUUUAUGCCUGAAUGCAUUUGCUAUAUUUUCCAUAAUAUGGCACAUGAGCUUCAAGGAAUUUUAUAUAGCAAUGUCCAUCCUGUCAGUGGUGGUCCAUACCAGAUAGCUUCUCGUGGUGAAGAAUCAUUUCUGAAAGAUGUUAUAACCCCUAUCUAUAAUGUCAUGCGCAGGGAAGCCAGGAGAAACAAAGGAGGCAAAGCAAGCCACUCUAAGUGGAGAAAUUAUGAUGAUCUAAAUGAAUACUUCUGGUCUGAUAAAUGUUUUCGAUUAGGGUGGCCAAUGGAACUGAAAGCUGGUUUCUUUAUGCACACUGAUAUGAAUCCAGUGACAUCAGGUUCAAAGGAGGGGCCUAAUCCAGUCAUUCCAGGAAAAAGGAGUUCCAAGACGAACUUUGUGGAAGUCCGUACAUUUUGGCAUCUUUUUAGAAGUUUUGACCGAAUGUGGAUCUUUUUUAUAUUGGCUUUCCAGGCUAUGGUAAUUAUUGCAUGGAGUCCUUCUGGAUCUCUUGCUGCCUUGUUUGAUGAAGAUGUCUUUAGAAGUGUUCUGACUAUUUUCAUUACCUCUGCUUUUCUCAAUCUUUUGCAAGCUACACUUGACAUAAUUCUUAGCUGGUAUGCUUGGAAGAGCCUGAGAUUAACCCAAAUACUUCGGUACAUCCUGAAAUUCGUACUUGCAGCUGCUUGGGCUGUAGUCCUUCCAAUUGGUUAUUCCAGCUCUGUGCAGAAUCCAACAGGACUUGUGAAAUUUUUCAGCAGUUGGAUAGGGGGUUGGCGAACCCAGUCUUUUUAUAGUUAUUGUGUUGUAAUUUAUUUGAUACCAAAUUUGUUGGCGGCAUUACUGUUUUUGCUUCCACCUCUACGGAAAGCCAUGGAACGUUCAAAUUGGUCCAUUGUUAUUCUUCUUAUGUGGUGGGCUCAGCCUAAACUGUAUGUUGGUAGAGGCAUGCAUGAGGACAUCAUCUCACUUCUCAAGUACACGCUGUUCUGGAUCACACUGCUGAUCAGCAAGCUAGCAUUCAGCUACUAUGUGGAGAUAUUGCCAUUAGUUGGACCUACAAAGGCGAUCAUGGCAGUGCCUGUUGGCAGAUAUAAAUGGCAUGAGUUCUUUCCAAACGUAAAACACAAUUAUGGUGUGGUUAUUGCAAUAUGGGCUCCCAUUGUUCUUGUUUAUUUCAUGGACACGCAAAUAUGGUAUUCUAUAUUCUCCACCAUUUUUGGUGGCAUUAAUGGUGCCUUCAGCCACCUUGGUGAGAUACGGACACUUGGGAUGUUACGGGCAAGAUUUGAAUCUGUUCCUUCAGCUUUUAGCACACGCCUUGUGCCAGGACCAAAAGAGAAAUCCAAAAGAAAGCACAAAGAAAAAAAUCACUCGGAUGAGAAUACAGAAAGAAAGAACAUUGCAAAAUUCUCUCAGGUCUGGAAUGAGUUCAUACAUUCUAUGCGAUCAGAGGACUUGAUAAGCCAUUGGGAGAGAAAUUUAUUGUUAGUUCCAAAUUCUUCAAGUGAGAUUUCUGUUGUACAGUGGCCUCCUUUCCUGCUUGCUAGUAAGAUUCCUAUAGCAUUAGACAUGGCAAAGGAUUUUAAGGAGAAUGAAGACGCUGGUUUAUUUAAGAAGAUAAAGAAUGAUGAUUAUAUGCAUUCAGCAGUGAUUGAAUGCUAUGAGUCACUCAGGGAUAUAUUAUACGGACUUUUGGAAGAUCAAAAUGACAAGAUGAUUAUAACCCACAUAUGCCGUCAAGUCGAUGAUAGCAUACAACGUAGCAGAUUUUUGAGUGAAUUCCGGAUGAGUGGUCUGCCUCUGCUCAGUUUUCAGUUGGAGAAGUUUCUAAUACUUCUGCUUGGUGAUGAGGAACAUGAGAAAGACCCAUCCAUCAAUGAGGAAUAUGAGAAGGACUCAUCCAUCAUCAAUGCACUGCAGGAUAUUAUGGAGAUUAUCCUGCGGGAUGUUAUGUAUAAUGGGAUUGAAAUUCUGGAAACAACUCACCUGCACCACUUGAGAAAUCAGAAUGAAUACAGGGAGCAGAGGUUUGAAAAGUUACACUUCCAGCUUACUCAGAAAAAGGCUUGGAGGGAGAAGGUUACCAGGCUCCAUUUGCUUUUGACAGUCAAGGAAUCUGCUAUAAAUGUGCCUAUGAAUUUGGAAGCUCGUCGACGUAUCACUUUCUUUACAAACUCCUUAUUUAUGAUUAUGCCACCUGCUCCAAAAGUUCGUAAUAUGUUCUCUUUUAGUGUUUUGACUCCGUACUACAAAGAAGAUGUUCUCUAUUCUGAUGAGGAACUUAAUAAGGAAAAUGAGGAUGGGAUAUCAAUUUUGUUUUAUCUGAAGAAGAUUUUUCCUGAUGAGUGGACCAAUUUCGAACAACGUCUAAAGGAUCCAAAACUUGGAUAUGCUAACAAAGACAGGAUGGAAUUAGUUCGCCAGUGGGUUUCUUGCAGAGGGCAGACACUUACUAGAACAGUGAGAGGGAUGAUGUACUACAGGCAGGCUCUAGAACUGCAAGGCUUCCUGGAAUCUGCAGGGGAUACUGCUAUUUUUGAUGGUUUUCGGACUAUUGAUAUAAAUGAGCCUGAGCAUAAGGCUUGGGUAGAUAUUUCACGAGCUCGUGCGGAUUUGAAGUUCACCUAUGUGGUCUCUUGCCAACUCUAUGGUGCUCAAAAGGUCUCCAAAGAUACUAGGGAUCGAAGUUGCUAUACUAAUAUUCUCAAUCUCAUGUUGACGUACCCAAGUUUACGUGUUGCUUACAUUGAUGAGAGAGAGGAUACGGUGGGUGGAAAAGCAGAGAAGGCUUAUUACUCUGUUCUUGUCAAGGGAGGGGAUAAGUUAGAUGAGGAAGUAUAUCGUAUCAAGCUCCCAGGUCCUCCAACCGAAAUAGGUGAAGGGAAACCUGAAAAUCAAAAUCAUGCCAUUAUAUUCACUCGUGGAGAAGCUGUGCAAACCAUAGACAUGAAUCAGGAUAAUUACCUCGAAGAAGCUUUCAAAAUGAGAAAUGUAUUGGAAGAAUUUCGGAAGCGUCGCCAUGGGCACCGACAACCUACAAUAUUAGGUUUAAGGGAGCAUAUAUUUACUGGAAGUGUUUCAUCACUUGCAUGGUUCAUGUCCAAUCAAGAGACUAGUUUUGUGACUAUUGGACAACGAAUUUUGGCAAAUCCGUUGAGAGUGCGGUUCCAUUAUGGUCAUCCUGAUAUAUUUGACAGACUCUUUCACAUAACAAGAGGUGGCAUAAGCAAAGCUUCAAAAAUAAUAAACUUAAGCGAAGAUAUAUUCUCAGGUUUCAAUUCAAUUUUACGUGGGGGAUAUAUAACACAUCACGAAUACAUCCAAGUAGGCAAGGGACGUGAUGUAGGGAUGAACCAGAUAUCACUUUUUGAGGCUAAGGUUGCAAAUGGAAAUGGGGAGCAAACACUUAGUCGUGAUGUUUACCGGCUUGGACGGCGGUUUGACUUCUAUAGAAUGCUGUCAUUCUACUUUACAACAGUUGGCUUCUAUUUUAGUAGCAUGGUUACCGUUCUUACUGUAUAUGUAUUCUUAUAUGGACGUGUAUAUAUGGUUAUGAGUGGGCUGGAAAGGUCAAUUCUUGAGGACCCAAGCAUUCAUCAGAGCAAGGCCCUCGAGGAGGCAUUGGCUACCCCAGCUGUCUUUCAGCUGGGCUUGUUGUUGGUGCUACCCAUGGUUAUGGAAAUUGGUCUGGAGAGAGGGUUUCGCACUGCACUGGCUGAUUUUGUAAUAAUGCAGCUGCAACUGGCCUCUGUAUUCUUUACAUUCCAGCUUGGGACAAAAGCACAUUUUUUUGGAAGAACAAUCUUGCAUGGAGGAUCUAAGUACCGGGCCACUGGACGUGGGUUUGUUGUUUUCCAUGCAAAGUUUGGUGAUAACUACAGGCUGUACUCACGAAGUCACUUUGUGAAGGGGUUGGAGCUGCUUAUGUUGUUGCUUGUAUAUCAAAUCUAUGGAGAAUCAUAUCGUAGUUCAAAUAUCUAUUUGUUCGUUACUUUCUCCAUGUGGUUCCUGGUUGCUUCCUGGUUAUUUGCUCCUUCUGUUUUCAAUCCAUCUGGAUUUGAGUGGCAGAAAACAGUGGAUGAUUGGACAGAUUGGAAGAGGUGGAUGGGAAAUCGUGGUGGUAUUGGUAUCCAACAAGAUAAAAGCUGGGAGUCCUGGUGGGAUAUAGAACAAGAACACCUGAAAAGCACAAAUAUCAGGGGGAGAGUGCUGGAGAUAAUUCUUGCUUUUCGCUUCUUCAUUUAUCAAUAUGGAAUUGUUUACCAGCUCGAUAUAGCACAUCGCAGCAAGAGUUUGCUGGUAUAUGGACUGUCAUGGAUAGUUAUGGCAACUGCUCUUCUGGUAUUAAAGAUGGUAUCAAUGGGUAGACGAAGAUUUGGUACCGACUUUCAGCUAAUGUUCAGGAUCCUCAAAGGACUUUUAUUCCUUGGCUUCAUAUCAGUCAUGACUGUGUUAUUUGUAGUAUGUGGCCUUACAGUAUCUGAUUUAUUUGCUGCAGUCCUUGCCUUCCUGCCCACAGGGUGGGCCAUUCUUCUUAUUGCACAAGCAUGCAGGCCUAUGAUUAAGGGUGUAGGAUUCUGGGAAUCAAUAAAGGAGCUGGGAAGGGCUUAUGAGUACGUAAUGGGACUAAUAAUCUUCUUGCCGAUAGUCAUAUUAUCAUGGUUUCCAUUUGUGUCAGAGUUCCAAACCCGCUUGCUCUUCAAUCAGGCAUUCAGUAGAGGCCUCCAGAUUUCCAUGAUUCUUGCAGGGAGGAAAGACAGGGAUUCAUCUAAUUGAGCUUUCCAGCAUCUCACAUUCAUCCUUUUUUUCUUUUGAAGGAUACUCGUAUUUAUUUUGGAAAACAGAGGAUUGCCAUAGUUAUUCUGUAAGAUCCAUCAACACUGAUCUCUUUCUUCUUUUUCCUUUUCGUCUGUAUUUGUUGUUGCUGCCAUUGUUGUAUAAGCACAGUAGACUUAUUCCAAGAGUAAUUUCUCUAACACAAAAUCUAAACACUAGUACUCCAAGAAAGCAGUCAAACUAAUGGAGAAUUGUCUGUUAGAUUUUA